AUGCAAAAGAAUAUCGGUGGAAAUGAAACAAACAACAUAGAAUUAUCAGAUGAUGAGAGCGAUUGUAGCUCCCAUGAUUUUACAAAUGACUCAGUUACAAUUGCAAGCAAAAAGGGUGAUGUAACAGAUGAUACAGUCUUACAAACACAGCAAAAAUUAUUCGAAAAUAUUAUUGAGCCAGAAGUAUUACCUGGACACAUAAACAUUGAAAAAUAUGUGGAGUCUCAAAACUCAGAUAAUGAAACCUCACAAGGCGUAGAGGUUCAACCUGGAUCAAUUGUCACAUCAUUACGUGAUAAUGAUACUCAAAAUGAUGACUAUUCAACUGACAAAGAAAGUCAUCGCCUGCCCCUAGUUGUAAACGUUAUGAACAAUACUGACCAAACAUAUGAUAAACCAAACAAGGCAGAAAGCAAAAACAACUCUGAUACAAGUAUCUCACCGAAAGAUAAUAAUGAAGAGUGA